UUGCCCUCGGCAUCAAAUCACGUGAAAAAUCACGUGAAGAACAUUUCACAGGAUAGCAAGUAUUUCCGUAGUCAGAAUUCAUACUUCGGUUUUGCAGGUCUUAAAUUUCUAAAUUUCAUUUUGUUAUUCACAUACAAGCAGACAUGGACGAAGAUGGGUUACCAAUUGUAGGAUCUGGAGUAGAUCUGACAAAGGUUCCUGCCAUACAACAGAAGAGAAUUGUAGCAUUCCUAAAUCAGUUCAUUGUUCAUACCGUGCGGUUUCUAAAUCGGUUUUCAACCGUUUGUGAAGAGAAACUAGCAAGUAUAUCCCUCCGCAUCCAGCAAAUUGAAACCACUCUGAACAUUUUGGAAGCCAAGUUAUCAUCUAUCCCUGGUCUGGAAGAUGUAAAGGUUGAGGGUUCAAGUCAGCGACAGACUGCUGUAACAAACGGUUCAGUGUCUGAUAUUAUCCAACCAGAGACGCCAGCAGCAGCCCCUACAGCUCAGGUAAAAAAAAAAAAAAAAAAAUGUGUGUGUGAUAUAUUGUACACCCCUGAUGCCCCUGUUCCUGACGGAGGAGUUAAAGAGACCGAGGAAGAAAGCAACAGCUCUGGUAGUGAAUCCUCUUUCAGUGACUGACACUGUUGGCCAGUAAAGCUAACAGGCUUCUACUUGCCUGCAACUCAUGGUGAUGAGACUGAUAUGAAGUGUGUAAAAUACCUGCUUAACCCAUUAUAGCAUUUGUGAUGAAUAGCGAGCAGAGGAACUCUCAGAAAACCUAGAAACCAUGGCAAUACAUCUCCUUCAGUCUCCCAUAAUAGACUUUCUCAACCAAUGUUUCUGAAUAUACAGAAGAAUCUGACAUUUUCAACUCUGAAUGUUAAACCCAUCUUUAAUAAUGAAAUCAACACAGCACAACAUACACAUUUAACUGAGGAUUACCGGUAUCUUGUGCAAUAAAGAGAGUGCUUUUAGCCUUAUUAAAAACUGCUCUAGUGACCAUUUUACUAAUUAUAGUUAGAGAUUGGUAAUGUUUAAUACUGUACCAGCAAAAUAAUAAUGACAAAGGAAUGUGUCUGUUUACAAGUGAUUCAGGCUACGUGUGGUAUAGUAACUUAAACUUUGACACUACAGUACCUUUAUUGUACAGUACAUCUUAAUUAUGUUUGGAAAAAAAGGUCACAUCACUAACUGUAUGAUGCAAUAAAAUCUGGUAUUUUAUAAAAACAAGUGAACCAGUGUGUUCUCUGUUUUG